AUGUCUUUCUUUCGAAGUUUUUCCACUCUGGUGGCUCGGUUCACCAAGGUGGCAGAUCUUCAACUUGAUCCUCGGUUGAUCAAGGCCGUCACCAAGGCGGGGUUCACUGAGUUGACCCCCGUACAAGAGAAGACGGUGGUGCCGGCGUUGGAGAACUCGGGGGUCGUGGCGCGAGCAAAGACGGGGACGGGGAAGACGCUUGCAUUCGUGCUUCCUACUGUCAAUGAGCUUUUGCUCAAUAAGAACCGUCGAGGCGUGUCGACGUUGGUGAUCGCCCCCACGCGUGAUUUGGCGAUGCAGAUCGAAGAAGAAUACCAGAAAGUGGUGUCGAAGUUGCCGAGACUGGCGGGGGUUACCACCACUAUGAUGACCGGGGGUAAACCCACAUACUUCAACCCUCAAAGACCGCCUCUGAUUGUCAUUGCCACCCCUGGGCGGUUGGCCGACAUGUUAUCUAAGCUGCCGGUGGCUGAGGCUUUCAAGAACUUACAAUACCGAGUUUACGACGAAGCUGACCGGUUGUUGGAACAGGGGUUUGAGGAUGAGCUUUUGGAUAUCGAGUCGAAGAUCCCCACCACGGACUACAAGCUGAUGUUGUUUUCGGCCACCAUCGAUACUCGCGUCGACCGUUUCGCCACCAAGGCUAUUGGUCCCGGCUACACUUAUAUCAACUGUGUUGCUGAAGACGACACCGAAGCUCAUGAAAACAUCCACCAAACGUUGGUGCUCUCAGAAGAUAUCGCCCAACUGUACGAAAAGGCGCUCUCGCAAAUUAUCAGGGGGCUCGAAAGACCCGACUUCAAGGCGAUUCUUUUUGUUCCUACCAAGGCGGCGGUGCUGAUGCUCGAACAAAUGUUUGAACUGGCGCAAAUGCAUCGCCUCUACGACACUGACUUGGUGCACCGCACCUACCGGUCGCAGAUUGUGCUGUUGCUGAGUGCUUUGAAUCAGGCUAAGCGUGACCGAGUAGUGAAAAAAUUCAAGGCAGCCAAGCACGGGUUGCUUAUCGCCACUGACGUGGCCGCUCGGGGGAUGGACUUUACUGGGAUCUCUGACGUCUACAUGGUUUCGCCUUCGAAUCAAGUCGCCGACUACGUCCACAAGAUUGGUCGUACUGCCCGGGCAGGCACCCUGGGUCGUGCUUGGUUGUUCUUGUCGCAAAAUGAACGUCGGUACGUGUUGGCGUUGCAAAGAGAACGGGGGAUUUCCUUUAAGGAAGAGCUUAAAGGUGAGGAGAUUGAAACUAUCUCUGACCUUUGGGAAAACAUCGCUAUCCCUGAGGCUGAGACGGUUGACAACUUUAUCAACUCGGCGUUGUCUGCGGAACGUCAAUCGAUUCUGAGCUUCAAGAUGAACGCCGAAAGACUUAUGCCGGAAAUCGUUGGCUUGUACCGUAAGAUUGUCAACAACCCCGAGGCUCGGUUCAACAUUUCUGACCGGACUUACCAGCAAACGGUGCAAAUUCGUGGUGACAUCGCCAACCAAUUUUUCAGUCUCAAUGGACGCGGAUUCGGCAUUCGCAGAGACAACAACCUGAAAUACCAAAAGCGCAAGACGUUUGACAACUACCACGCCCGUGGCAGCUACUCCAAGAGGCUGGACAAGUUCCAGAACCGCUCGCCGAGGCUGUCCCGCAAAUGGGACGACUUUUAA